AGGUGGGCGUGGCGAGUGGGUGGGGCCGCUGCCCCGCACGCUGCUGCGGAACUGCCGCACAUCAGCGCUGCGCCGCGGAGCCCAGAGCGCCGACGGCGGUGGACCUCGCGCGGGCCCCGUGUUGUUUCUCACAAACAAAAGGUCACGUUUCCCCAAAUGUGUCAGUGGGUCACCGUUCCCCCAGACGUGCAGCUACAGCCCUCGCUGCAUUCUUCAUUCACUGCUGUGAAGGACGUGCUCCAGCACACUUCAAAAGCAGACGGCAUCUCGUCCAGACAAAACAGGGCCCGAUGCGCGUGCACCGACGGCUCGGUGCAGUCGAGUGUGUCGACUGUUGCCCACCAGCGGAUCAAGGUGACUUGUGUUACAGACCCACACAAAGGUGUCCCAACAUGCUCCGUGUUACACCGCUCUCCCUCCCGUUGCUGCUGCUGCUGCUUUUCCAAGCAGGGCUCGUCCACGCAGGAGAUCCGAACCAGCCGCGAGAACCUGGUGAAGAUCGACGCGGCAGCAGACGUGAUGCAGUGCUCAGCAGCGAUGGACGUCCUCUUCCUCCUGGACGGCUCCUACAGCGUGGGGAAGGGCGGCUUCGAGCGGUCCAAGCACUAUGCAGUCAAGCUGUGUCAGGCGCUGGUUACAGGACCGGACCAGGUGCGGGUCGGCCUGAUUCAGUUCGGUUCUGCUCCUCGACUGGAGUUCGCCCUGGACUCGCACGCCUCCAAACAGGAACUGAAGAAGCGCAUCAAGAAUGUUUCCUACAGGGGCGGCGGCACCCAGACGGGCCUGGCGCUGAAGUACAUCCUGAGGAAGGGUUUCCCAGGCGGCCGCAACUCCUCCAGCGCGGCCCAGAUCCUGGUCCUGCUGUCCGACGGGAAGUCCCAGGGCAGCGCCGUGCAGGCGGCGGCUCAGCUCAAACGGACCGGCGUGGUUCUGUUUGCCGUGGGCCUCCGCUACCCCAGAUGGGAGGAGCUCCACGCUCUGGCCAGCGAGCCGCCGGAGGCCCACGUCUUCUUCGCCGAGCAUUUCCGGGACGCCGUCAACGGCCUGUACACGACGCUGACCGCCUCCUCCGUCUGUGACGCCUCCCCUCCAGGCUGCCGGGCGGAGCCGUUCGCCUGCGAGCGGAGGACGCUGGAGACCGUGAAGGAGCUGCAGGGGAACUUCAUGUGUUGGAAAGGCUCCGAGGGCUCCGCCCCGUACACGUCGGUCUGCCCCCAUUACAGGUACAGCCGGGUUUACAGGAGACAUCCGUCCGUUUGCCAGCGAACUCUCUGCGCAGACCCCUGUGACUCUCAGCCGUGUCUGAAUGGUGGGACCUGUGUGUCAGAAGGUCCGGAGGGCUACCGCUGCGUGUGCCCCCCCGGCUAUGGAGGAGACCCACUCUGUGCUCCUGCGUUGUCCCUGGACUGCUCCGUGGACCUGCUCUUCCUGCUGGAGGGCUCUGCUGCCACCACCCUGGAGGGUUUCCUGCGCAUCAAAUCCUUCUUAAAGCGCUUCCUGCAGACGGUGAUCGGCUCCGACAGCCCCAGUAAAGUCGGCCUGGCGGUGUUCGGCGGAGAAACACGCGUGGACGUCCCGGUUGGCAAGUUCAAAGGGGACCUGAGGGCCCUGCUCAAGGCCGUGGAUGCGCUCCAGCUGAUGGGGGGCCGGACCCUGACCGGCCAGGCCCUUCGCCACGUCACGCGCCACGGCUUUGUGAGCGCGCCGGUCUUCGCCGACGUCGCCGACGACCUUCCUCGCGUGGUGGUCCUGCUGACGGCCACGUCUGCCGCCGACGAGGUCGUGGAGCCUUCAAAAUAUGCGCGCGACAGGGAAAUCUUCCUCAUUGGGGUGGGACCGGAGCGCUUAAAGGAGGAGUUGAAUAAUAUCACGGGAAACCCCCAGAGGACGCUGACCUACACAUCACCCGACAGGUUCACCGCCAAGAUCCCUGAGCUCAGGGCCAAAAUCUGCAGUGUGGACACACAAGGUUGUCUGGGCCAAGCUGUGGACUUGGUGUUCGCCCUGGACGCCUCCGGCGGCGUCGGCCGUGAGAACUUUGCCACGCUCCGGGACUUCGUGCGCAGCCUCACGGUCCAGUUCGACAUCAACCGCGACGUGGCCCAGGUGGCCCUGGUGGCCUACGGCCGGCGAGCCACCACCGUGUUCCGCCUGGACGCCCACGACUCCGGCUCCGCCGUCCUCAAGGCCGUCGGCGAGGCCGGCUACGCGGGCGGCGCGGCCUCCACCGGCACCGCGCUGCUGCACGUCCACGCCGGCGUGCUGACGGUGGCCCAGGGGGCGCGGCCUGGGGUCAACAAGGCCGUGGUGGUGGUGACGGACGGCUCGGGGGGCGACGACGCCGCCGUGCCGGCGCAGAAGAUCCGGGACGACGGCGUGUCGCUGUUCGUGAUCGGCAUCGGCGACGUGCAGAGGGAGAAGCUGCUGCAGAUCGCCGGGUCGGAGGAGCGCGUGAUCUCGGUGCCGUUUUACGAGGAUCUCAAGUACUUCGAGGACGUGCUCGUCCAGAUGCUGUGUUCAGAGGUCAAGAAACCAGUAAACCUGUGCAAACCCAACCCUUGCAUGAACGCCGGGGUGUGCGUCCUGUCCGGGGGGAGCUACCGGUGCCGCUGCCAAAACUACGAAGGGCCGCACUGCGAAACCAAGAGCAGCACGCCUUCAAGGGGCGAUCUGCCCAGGGCUGCGGCGCUGCAGAAGAAGAGCAGGAAGAAGAAGAGCCACCAGGAGCUCCUGCAUCACUACAAACUGCACCGGAGGAGAAGUUCUGCCUGAGACGCUGCACAUCCUGUGGAGGGUACACAAUGGAGGAGAGGGGGAACGGAUACUGAUGUCUUUGUAUUGUUUCAGUAUUUAAAGUUGCACUCAAAUUUUAACAAGUGCCUUCAACCUGUAUGUUCGUACACAGCUUUGGUUCCUAGUGGCUGUUUGUGUGAACCUUUACACUUAUUCUAGUGCAAAGUAUCUUAAUGUUUUUUAUCACGUCAACUUUUAUAUUAUGUGUCUGUUUUUUAGGUAAUUGUGAUUAUGAAUUAUUUCCUACCUCCAGUCAUGUUUGAAACUUAUAGUAAUUACUAAGUCUGUACUAACAUCUCUAAAGUGAACACUUUGCACCUUCCCUCUUCAUGAAUGUUUAAUGCUGCAGGUGUCUUUGUCUGCUGCCAUUUUCAUAAACACAUGACCUCA